AUGUCUGAGCCAACUCCAACGACCGAACAGGCUCCGCCCAGAAUACUGGGAGUUGACGACUACAAAGUGAGCAGCCCCUUCCCGCUGGGCCGUGUGCUUCUGGUGCGACUGGAAAAGCAGAGAUACUGGGUGGAAGACAACUGGUUCUGUCGCUUUGUGAGGGUGGAGUCUCCAGACGGACAGACGACCACCUUCCCCUGUUACCGCUGGCUCAUCGGAGACAUACGGCUGGAGGUCAGAGCGGGCCCCGCAAAGACAUCCAAAGACGACACGUUGCCUGAACUUUUGGCUCACAGAAAAGCUGAGCUAAAAUGGAGACAAAAAACAUACAGAUGGUUGCGCUGGGCCUCAGGAAUCCCCCAAUGUAUCGAGGCUAAAACUGAGGCAGACCUUCCCCAAGACGUUCGCUUCGACAACGAGAAGAGAAGUGACUUUGAACAUUCCCUACACUAUGCAUUGAUGGAGCUGUCCUUGAAGAAACUUGCCAUCAGGUUCGGAAAGUCUUGGACCGAUCUCGAAGACUUUAAACGCAUUUUCUGGAAGUUAAAAAGCCCGAUAGCCGAGUAUUGUAUGGACCACUGGAAAGAGGACUGGUUCUUCGGAUACCAGUGCCUAAACGGCUGCAACCCCAGAAUGAUUCGACAGUGCAACAAACUUCCAGACAAGUUUCCGGUGACGGCCGACAUGGUGCAGAGCUCGCUGUGCCACAAAACCAAUCUGCAGAAAGAGUUAAAGGCUGGAAACAUCUUUCUUUUGGAUUAUAGUAUCAUGGAGGGCCUUCCUGCUAAUGUCAUCAAGGGUAAACAACAGUACAUAGCUGCUCCCCUCUGCCUGCUGUAUCAACAUCCAGACACUGGACUCAUUCCAAUAGCCAUACAGUUGGGUCAGGCUCCAGGGGUGGACACACCCAUCUUCCUGCCCAAAGACCCCCCGCUGGCAUGGCUCCUGGCCAAGGCCUGGGUGCGUCACUCUGAGUUCCAGAUCUUCCAGCUUCUCUCACACCUGCUCCGCACUCACCUGGUGGCAGAGGUGUUCUGUGUGGCCACCUUGAGGCAGCUCCCGGCAGUGCACCCACUUUACAAGCUCCUGGCUCCACACCUGCGCUACACGUUGGAGAUCAACUGUAGGGGGCGCACACAGCUCAUCUCUUCUGACGGCAUCUUUAAACGGGUUGUGUCCACGGGCGGCGAGGCUUUGCUGACCCUGUCUCAAAGAGAGUACAAGGUCCUGACGUACCGCUCGCUGCAGCCCCGCCUCGACUUCAGAGACAGAGGCACCACUCGAAUCCCCAAAUACCUGUACAGGGACAAGAUACUGCUGCUGUGGGACGCUAUACACAAUUUUGUGUCUGCGAUAGUUGGACUUUACUACGAAUCAGACAGCGACGUGGAGGACGACCAGGAGCUUCAGGCCUGGAUCAAAGACGUGACGGAAGAAGGCUUUGCAGAGCUGCCUGAUUUCGGUUUGUCCAGUUCACUCAAAAGUCGGGAGGAGUUAUCUACAUUACUUGCCGUUAUUAUCAUCACAUGCACAGCUCAGCACGCCGCUACCAAUAAUGGACAAUUUGAUUGGUGCGCAUGGAUCCCAAACACGCCCUGCACUAUGAGGCAGCCCCCUCCCACAGACAAGGAUGCGGUUACCAUGGACACCAUCAUGUCGACCUUGCCGGAUGUCAGUCAGUCGUGUUUGCAGAUGGCGAUCACGUGGCAUCUGGGGCGACCUCAGCCAGACGCUGUGCCGCUGGGCCACUACACGGAGGAGCACUUCACUGAGAAAGAGGCACAUGAUUUAAUUGAAAAGUUCAGGAAGGAGCUGGAAGAGAUCGAGACGCAGAUCCUGGGCGAGAAUGAGGGACAAGAGCUGCAGUAUUUGGUUCUGCUGCCCAGCCGAGUUGAAAACAGUAUCACUAUAUAA